ACAGCCGCGAUGAUGGCGAAGUGACAGACGUAGCCUGAACGUGAUUCAUCGAACGUACGUUUACGGAUUCCCCGAUCUUCUUCCUUUUCGCGCGAUAUCAUCCAGAAGGAGAGGAUGCUCCGAGUACACUUAACUUCUAUUUUCCUUGUUGCAUUCGUCAAGGUAUUCUGCGAAUCGUCUCGUACAAGUUGAAUGAUACGACUCGACUCAUGAUUGUCUCGACUCGCGGUGUCCCUACUACCGCAUCCGACCACGUCUUUGACGUGGAAAUUGUGUUCCGUUUCGAGUCGGUAGAAAACGGCUCAGUCUCGUGAAGGUUUGACAAGAUCGUGGGCAUAACUCCGAGGACUUGCACAUCUGAAUCCGGGGACUUUGAACCAUCAGAAAGCGCUCCAGAGUGAUUCGCCGAAAAGUGCCUCAAAAAAAGUGCCUCGGAAAUAUAGUGGAUAUCUUUUUGACGAAGAGAGUGUUCUUCAACACGAAACGGCAAAUUUUUGAAAAAUCUGUGACAGAUCCUCACGAAAUGGCUAAGCUGUGCAUCUUGAUUGCGUUGCUGCCGCAGUUACUUUGCACACUAGUACAAGGACAGAAAUCUCCGUGUCCUCAAUACUUCACUUUUAUAUCAAAACCUGGAACAGACGAAGUAAUGGGACAGAUCGAAAUUCAAUCCCCACCAAAAACUGGUGAUCUCCAAUUGAAAAUAGCUUUUCAAAUAAAUGCAGAGUUGCCUUCAGAAUAUGUUGGUCACUUGGAAUUGGCACGAUCACUAGAGGAAUCUGCUCAAGCUGUUUAUGAGGACAAGAAUUUGUUGUAUUAUGUUCAUUUUCCCUUACGCCAUGUAAUUCCGACAGUGACCGGGAUAUGGUUCAAUGACCAACAAUAUUGUUCAGAUCAUAAAGAUUUUGUUUCAGCAACUGAAGAUAUCAUAAUUACUAUCACGUUGGAACAUACUCUCACAUUGCCAGACAAGAUCCCACGACGAUAUACUCCCUCGCCUCAAACUCCGAGACCGACUCUCUGGCCUCAACCUCCGAGACCGACUCUCUCGCCUCAAACUUCGAGACCGACUCCCUCGCCGCAAACUCCGAGACCGACUCUGUGGCCUCAACCUCCGAGACCGACUCUCUGGCUUCAAACUCCGAGACCGACUCUCUGGCCUCAAACUCCGAGACCGACUCCCUCGCCUCAAACUUCGAGACCAACUCCCUCGCCUCAAACUCCGAGACCGACUACCUCGCCGCAAACUCCGAGACAGACUCUCUGGCCUCAACCUCCGAGACCAACUUUCUGGCCUCAAACUCCGAAACCGACACCAAUAAGUCAGCCAACUACUCAGAAGAUAAUUACUAAUGUCACCCUCUCUCCGGGAAUUAACCAGAAUCCAUUCUUGAUGAAAUGGAUCCCGGCGCCGAACUCAAAUUACAAAUGUGGUGUCAGCAGUAGAUCUGGACAUCCAAAGUAUCUGGUUGUUAACGGAGAUAAGAUAUCGCCAGGUCAAUGGCCGUGGCUAGUGGCACUCUUCGUUGCUAACAAACGGAUUGAAUUCGACUUUCGUUGUGGUGGUAGUAUCUUGACGAACCAACAUAUUUUAACAGCGGCGCAUUGCCUGAAGUUGGACUUGAAUAGCAACGACACUUUUCCCCCUAAUGUGUUAAUAGUGGCCUUAGGUCGAUUUAAUUUGACCCAUUGGCGUGAAAAGGAAUCCACGAAUCGCGAGGUCGCAAACUAUACGAUCCAUCCCCACUACGCGCAUUCUUUCACCGGCGAUUCUGAUUUGGCGAUUUUAAAACUCAGGGAAACCGUCGACUAUAACGUCUACAUCAAACCUAUUUGCCUGUGGUCCGGUGCAACCAAUAUUGAACGUACCAUCGGUCAAAUGGGAUAUGUUGUGGGUUGGGGUCUUGAUGAAGACAAUAAUCGUUUCACUGAGGAUCCACGGUUGGCGAAGCUGAAGAUAGUCAGCCGGAUGGAUUGCCUUAAUAAUGACAAGAGUUACUACGAUUCCACAUCUGAUCGCACCUUUUGCGCCGGUUUGUCAGGAAGCACUCCUUGCAGUGGUGACAGCGGAAGCGGACUGAUGAUUUUUGACUAUACUUUGCAACGUUUUCACUUACGCGGCGUCGUUUCACUAACGAUAAGCAAUGGACCCAUAGGAACAUGCGAUCCUACCAAAUUCGUCAUUUUUGCUGACGUCGCCAAGUAUCUACCUUGGAUUCAACAGCUGAUCUACCCUUACAGUAAUCAGUAAUCGCUUGCCUCAGAACGCAAGAUGUAUUAGUCGGCAAUCUUAUUAUGUAAGAUUUAUUAAAAACCAUGGCAUUUAAUUACGCAAAUGAUGUAAAAAUUAAAUUUACAAGAUUUUAUUUUUGACUUUUUACGGUAAUUUCUCGUAUCGUAAUGCAUUUAUCACAAUAGUAAAAUGAAACGUAUAAAGUAAUAUAAUGUAAUUAUCGUAUUAUUAUUGUAGGUUUAUAAAUAAUUAAGAAUAAAUCUUAUCGUAACACGUGC